AUGGCUGCCAACGACAAAGCCGCCAACAUUCAGGCGCUAGCUGAUCGCGGCUUCAGUUCGCUUACCGGCGCUUGCUACCUGCUACUACGCAUCAAAAAGCGUGCGCUCGCCAAACCCUGGCUGCGCACCCUUGACAUCGCCUCACUAACGCAAGCCCCCACGCAACAUCUGCCGCAAGUUUGCCAGAUCGCCUUUACCGCCGCUGGCUUGUGCGCGCUAAGCACCAAGGUCACCCUUAGAGCCGGCUUCGACCGGCAACGAACGCCGCUCGCAUCAGCUAGGAGACGAAGGCGCCAAUGCCCCUGCCCACUAGCACAAGGGCAUCGCCUGGCGCAAGCUACAUGCAGCGCUGCCCAGGCCGCCAGCUGCAUGGUCAUCAGCGGUAAUACCCUGACCACUACCACCACCCCGCUCAGCCGCAAACCUUUUGGCUUUGCUGACAGCGUCUCGCAGCCCAACUACAAUUGGGACGGCACGCUUACCCCUGGCGGCGCCCGCGACCGCGAUUAUCGCAAUCUGCUGGCGAUGGGCGAGUUGCUGCUCGGCUAUCCUAACGAAUACGGCUUCAUUAGCGAUUACCCCCACGCCGACGAGCUUGGCCGCAAUGGCUCUUAUCUAGUCUACCGCCAGCUAGCGCAAGAUGUCGCCGGCUUCUGGCAAUGGCUGGCGUGUCAAGCCGGCGACGGCAUGGUCGGCCAUAUGCUCGACGGCGCUCCCCUACCCGGGCUCGAAUCCGCCACGAUUAUGGGCACUGACGAUCCGCGCAACGCCUUCCUGUUUGGCGAAGAUCGCAAUGGCUGCGUCUGCCCAAUCGGCGCGCAUAUCCGCCGCGUUAAUCCGCGUAGCAGCGAUGAUCCGGAGGGGCGCCAUGGCUUCCUACGCGAUCUCAUCUCCUCAGUCGGCUUCAGCGGCGCUUCCACCGCCUGUCCCGCCGCAGUCGCCCCUACGGCCCUGUAA